UUUCCCAACUGGCCCUCAACAGAUGAGGGAGGGACUUUGUGAGGAGAUAAAGGGCAUUACUGGCCAUUAGUGUCCUGUGGAUUAUCCUAAUCCAGCCCUCGUGCUGUCAGAGUGGCGACAGCAGAGGGCUUCAGUGUGGUCCUGUCACUGUGUAGCCACGGAGAUGGAAUCCCAUGGACAGUGUGUUCUGUUGGCCCUCCUGCUUGUGUCUAACGUUCUAAUCCGUGUACACGCUCAGGAGGGGGAGGAGGUGACUGAGACAUGGACAGGACGAGCCUGUAAGUGUGACUGUGAGGGGGCAGAAUCCCCAACCCAGUUCACCUCCCUCUCCCCCACCCCACCACGUGUCAUGGAGUGCAUGCCAGAGUGUCCGUACCACAAGCCCCUGGGUUUGGAGGCUGGAUCAGUCAGACCAGACCAGAUCAGCUGCUCCAACGAGGACCAGUACACUGGCUGGUUCUCCUCCUGGCUCCCCAGCAAUGCCAGACUCAACAACCAGGGCUUUGGGUGUGCAUGGCUGUCUAAGUUCCAGGACAACAGCCAGUGGUUGCAGAUUGACCUGAAGGAGGUGAUGGUGGUGUCUGGUAUCCUGACCCAGGGGCGCUGUGACGCUGACGAAUGGAUCACCAAGUACAGCGUCCAGUACCGCACCGACCAGAAUCUCAACUGGAUCUACUACAAGGACCAGACGGGGAACAACAGGGUGUUCUACGGGAACUCGGACCGCUCCUCCUCGGUUCAGAACCUCCUGCGUCCUCCCAUGGUUACUCGCUACAUCCGUUUGCUCCCUCUGGGCUGGCACACACGUAUCGCCAUCCGCAUGGAGCUGCUGCUCUGCAUGAGCAAGUGUACCUGAUUCUGUAUGUCCUGACGACCAGGGUCACACUCAGCAGGGUACAACACCGUGGAACGUUCAGACAGAAAAUGUAAUGAAUAGAACUGACAUGAUUCUACAUGACUAAAAGUCAUAUUGGUUCUACACAAUAUAUUUCUAUGUGACGGUCCUGUAAUGAUGCACCAUCCUGAACAGGCCCAAGGAGAGCCCUGGUCGUUCCCCUGGUCGUUCCCCUGGAUGUUCCCUAUGCCAAAGUGGAAUCUACUGCUCUGGAAACCCUAGUUUCCUUUCCUUCCCCAAACGGUUAGGUAAUAUCUCUCCCAGGGAUGGGUUAUGUGUGAAAAGGUCCAUUCUGGUUUCAGAUUAGAUGUGUUACAACAACAGUUUUAUUCAUGGUUAUUUUUUUUUUACACUGAACAUAAAGGGGUGGAUGGCCAGGUGUUUCCACUUGGGUGAGGAAGGGUGGAUGGCCAGGUGUUUCCACUUGGGUGAGGAAGGGUGGAUGGCCAGGUGUUUCCACUUGGGUGAGGAAGGGUGGAUGGCCAGGUGUUUCCACUUGGGUGAGGAAGGGUGGAUGGCCAGGUGUUUCCACUUGGGUGAGGAAGGGUGGAUGGCCAGGUGUUUCCACUUGGGUGAGGAAGGGUGGAUGGCCAGAUGUUUCCACUUGGGUGAGGAAGGGUGGACAAAUACACGCCUGUGAACCGACUAACACAGAGAAAUUGGGGAUGAUUAUGUGAUGAGGAAAGCUCAGAGAAAGAGAAGACUACCAGUCCUGUGUACUACUGUACUGUGUACUGUACUGUGUUGUGUGCUGUGUUGUGUACUGUGCUGUGUUGUGUAUGUAGUUUGUGACAGUGAUGUAGAGGUAUCGUUCGUUGCUUGUUUUAUUGUAUUCAUUUAAAGUUGACCAAAACCAGUUCCUGAAAUAAAGACAAACUCUUGUC